GCACACGCGCGCAUAUCCCUCUCCUCCUCCCCUCCUCCUAUUUUUGUCGGGUCUUUCCUUUUGCCUGCCCCCCCCCCUCCUAUCCCUCUGUCUGCCCUCCUCCCUUUGCGCCGGAACCCCAAUGUCGGCACUUCGCUGGCUCACGGUCUUUCGGACGGCCCGGUCUCCGACCGGGCUGGGCGCCGACUUUUCUGCCGAACGUGCCACCGCCCUCCGGGCGUACGCCACCGCCCAGCACCACCAGCGCCAGCAACGCUCGCAGCCCCAGCCAAAGACCGCUGCCAGCAAAACCCCCCCGACCACCACCUUCCGGGCCACCUCGGCCGAGGAGGCCCGUGAGGCAUCUCGAUCGCGCAAGUACACCUCCGGCUAUCGGUCAAAGAAGAAGCCCGCAAAUGCGAAGCCCAGUGCACCGGCCGCUGGCCUGGCCUCGGGUCUGACCACGCGCAGCCCCUUCUCAACGGGCAUCCUCCGUGCCGGGUCCCGGUCGGCCGACCAGUGCCUGGGCUGCGGGGCCACCCUCCAGUCACUGGACUCCAAGGCCCUGGGGUAUGUGCCGGUCGAGCGGUACCAGCGGUCUUUGGAGGCGCGUGCCGGGGCCGCCAACGCGAAUGGCGGCAGCCGCGCCGACUUUGACGCCGUGCGCCUGGACACCUCGUCCGCGACCUUGCCGCUGGUCGAGCUCGGGCCUCUGCCCAGUCAGCGCCCGGGCAGUGUGUCCACAACAUCCAAUGGGCCCUUCCAGUUUGACAUGGUGGAAAGCCUGCGCAAGACCAGCCGGUCGCUGCCCUUCCUGGCUCCCGGGUCCAUGCAUGAGAUCGACCCGGCGACCCUGUCGCCGGAGGAACUCGCAGGGGCCCUCUCAAUGGGCGACCUUCGAGCCUUCGAUCGACACAUCCGCAAGGGCGACACUUCGCGGCCGGUCUGCCAGCGGUGCUUCUUCCUCCGGCACUAUGGUCGUGUGACGCCGGUCUCCCUGAAGGCCGAGGAUUACCGCCAAAUCUUGCAGCAAAUUCGCGAACGCCAGGCUUUGUUGGUGCUGGUGGUGGAUCUUUUCGACUUCCCGGGAAGCUUGGUUCGGGAUUUGCCGGACGUCGUCGGCUGGGACCAGGUCAUCCUGGCAGCCAACAAGUCGGACAUCCUGCCUCGCGAUGCUUGCCGCAAUCGCCUGAAGCGGUGGAUCACCAAUGAGUCCAAGCGCACCAUUGGAUCCCGCAUCAUUGACACGCACUUGGUGUCGGCCUCCUCCGGCGAGGGCGUGCAGGAACUCCUGGACAGCAUCAACCGUCUGCGCGGCAGCCGCCCGGUCUAUACGAUUGGCAAGGCCAAUGUCGGCAAGUCGCACCUGGUCAACCGCCUGAUCGAGUUCUCCCUCAUGCAAAGCCAGCAGCCGGAUCUGGCACCCGGUGCCGAUGGCGAGUCUGGCACCGGCAGCAAGGCCCUUUCGAAUAAUGCCCGGCGCCGGGCCAUCCGCCGGCUGAAAUUGACCACCACCAGCACGGUGUCCGGCACGACAUUGAACCUGGUGCGCUUCGAGCUGCCUGGCGCGCAUGGCGGCCCGGCUGGCGUGCUGAUCGACACCCCGGGUCUGCUGCCGGAGACGCACACCCUGGCCGAUUACUUGACUCGGCAGGAGGCCGACGCGUUGAUUCCCUUGCGCCUUUCCAGCACGGAGUCCAACUCGGCGCGUGUCCCCUCCCCGCUGGCUGGCUCGCGGUAUGAGCGCACCCGGCGUACGGAGAUCGGCCUCCGGCCGCGCAUUUUCGAGCUGGCCCCCGGUCGGAGCCUCUUCCUGGGUGGUCUCGGCCGAUUGGACUUUGUCGAUUGCACGAGUGGCAUCGAACGGAUCUUUUGCAUUGUGUACACCAGUCCCGAUGUCUCGAUGGCCACCACCAAGACCAUCAAUGCGGAUGCCUUCUACAAUCGCCAUGUGGCCACCGGGCUCUUGACGCCACCCUUCACCAAACCCUCGCAUGUGAAGGCCGCCCUGCGUGCGGGGUCUGCCCUUGCCGAUGACCCCAAUCCCAAGGAGGAUGGCAGUGACGAUGCUGCGAUUCUCACUGCCUCGGGGAUCGGCGCUGUCCAGGCCGCACUCGAUACCCGCGACCCGGGCGAGCUAUCCCUCGAGGAGGAGCUGGCCCGGGCCCGUGCGGCACUGGAGCUAAAGCCCAAGAGCCAGAAGCUCCAGGCCAAGGUCCGGAAGGCCGAGCGCGCCCUGAGCGCGGUCCAGGUCAAUCGACGCCUGCUGACGAGCGAUCUACCGCCGCUGAUCAGCUACCCGGUGCAACUGCAACAGCCUCUGCCACCGCACCAGCGCGAACGCCUGCUGGACGAGCUCAAUGCGGCGACACGGGCGCCAGCCGCCUUUUCCCCCUCGCACGUGCCGGUGUUCAUCCCGCGAGAGCACCUUCGCGGCGCUUCGCCGGAAUCCGGCGACCCGGCAGCGCAUCCGGCGCCGCUUGACAUGGCCUGGCUGGAGUCGGUCCGCCAGGAGGGCGACAAUUUGCCCCCGGCUCACGAUGGGCAGCUGGUCCACCGGGCCCUUGUUCGGGAUGACGGGGAGGACGACGCCUCGGACCAGGGGUAUGCCAGUAGCGACUUCGGGUCGGAUGCCGACAUGGACUUCGAGGACUACCCCAGCGACGAGGAGGACAGCGACCAUGCCACGGGCCAAGAUAACCACCCUGAUGGUGAUGAUGAUGAUGACGAUGACGAUGAGUCCUCCCAGCUGCAGGUCCCCCGCAAGCGCCGGCCCCACUUCACCUCCAACGGUGGGUAUGUCCCGGAUCGGACCAUCGCCGACAUCGUUCUGCCCGGGGUGGGCUUUGUGUCGGUGGGCUUCACCUGUGCGGUCCCGCGCGAUGCCACCGACAUCCAUGCCAUCCGUGAUGCCCUGAACCCGACUGUCUCGCUGGCUGUCCACUACCCGGAUCUGAGCCGGGCCCCGGCGCUGCUGGAGUUCGAGCGUGAUGGCCAAGACAGCGACAGCGUCCUCCACAUGAAGACCCCGUUGGAGCUGGCCGGCGCGGUCCUCCCGACCACAUCGGCCUCCUCGCGCGCUCUGCUUGUGGACGACCCGACGGCCCUGACCAAUGGCCAGACCUCCCCGUCCUCCUCCGCACCGCCGAUCAUCGUUCGCGACCCGAUGCUGCCAUUCGAGAUGCGCCGCAUGGGCCGGCGCAUUGGUGGCCAGCAUUCCGAGCACUACGUCAAGCUCCGCCGGCACAAGGUCCACAGUGGUGGCGGCGGCAAGGCGGCCAACCCCCGGCAUCAGGACACUCACAAGUGGCGCUGAUGCACGUGACCUCCCCAUUAUAUAGAUCGCCGCGCGUCCGGCUCCCCUCGGCCUUUUUUUUUUCCCAUGCCGCCCUUGCCCGCCAUAUUCUCCCGCCGCCCCCCCGCUGCUGCGGCCUGGCCCCGAAAAAUACGGGCGAGAACGGGGGGG